GAUUCAAUCCAAGUCGCUGGAGCCUGAUUUAUAAAAAGAGAUCCAACUGGGGUUUUCCUCUACUCGUUUUCAGUGCUAAUCGUCUCUAGUGCUGUGUUUAAUAUGCAGUCAUUGUAGCUUUUCCUUUGUAGAUGUGCCAGUGACAAACACAGCUGUGUGAAGACUAAACACAAUGAGAUGAUGACCAUUUACUUUACCAGUGGAACAACUGGGCUGCCUAAGAUGGUUGGACACACCUACAGCAGUUUUGGUUUAGGAUUAUCUGUGAAUGGAAGGUACUGGCUGGAUUUGACACCUUUGGAUGUGAUGUGGAAUACCUCAGACACAGGCUGGGCAAAGUCUGCAUGGAGUAGUGUUUUUUCUCCAUGGAUCCAAGGAGCCUGUGUGUUUGCACAUUAUCUGCCCCGUUUUGAACCAACUUCCAUCUUACAAACACUCUCCAAGUAUCCCAUCACUGUCUUUUGUUCAGCACCAACUGCGUACGGAAUGCUUAUACAGAAUGACAUGAAAAGGUAAGAAAUGUUAGUAAACAAGCAUUUUGUAUGGGAAGGGAGAGGAAGAGGAAGACAGAAAGUGAAAGAACUUUUGGCCUAAAAGCAGAGCUCCUGACUAGUAGGUGCAGGAUUUCUUUUCUUUUCUUUCCUCUUGCUGAUAUGCUGGAAGUGAGGGUUCCUGUGUCCAGGACAAGCUCCCCCAGGCAAGGAGAGGAAAGGGAGUGUUCAGACACAUGUAGAUCUGAGCCCAGUGGUUAGGGGUAGGAAGGUAUUUAAUCUUUUGGAUGAUGGCUGCUACCCUUCCUGAGACAGGAGAAAAGUUGCUUAGGGGGCUGGGGAUUUAGCUCAGUGGUUCCGGCGCCUGCCUCACAAGCACAAAGUCCGGACUUCAAUCCCUGGUACCCCCCACGCCCCAAAGUUGCUUAGAACCUUAUCUCAGCAAAUGGAAAAAAGGAUGCAUGAUUUAAAAUUUAUUACUGUUUUCAUUUUAAAGGGUGAACUGGUAAUCUGAACAGAAAAAGUUUUACUGUACUUAGCACCCUCAAUAUUACCAGUCUCUGUGAGGGAAUUUUUAGUUGCUGAUUUAAGACGUUAUUAUGAGGUAUCUUCCCUAAAGACAGCAUGGCUUUUCUUUGUGACAAAGUACCACCCCCAACACACUAAAAAAAAAAAAA